AUGGCUUUCCUCAAGACCCUCCUCGCUCUGGCGGCCGUCUUCCCCUUCAUCGACGCUCGCCUCAUGUCCAGAGCGGCGAGCCUCGCCCAGGGCGUCCAGAUGUUGAACAUGGCCGCCGACGACCAGCAGAUCAGCCUCCAGAUUGGCAUCAAGCUGCAGAACAUCGAAAAGCUGGAGCCCAUGCUCCGAGACCUCUCGGACCCGGACAGCCCCAAUUACGGCAAGUACCUCACGGCGGCCCAAGUCAACGACAUGUUUAAGCCGGCCGAGGCCUCCGUCGCCGCCAUCCAGGCCUGGCUGGCCAAGGAGAACGUCAGCGACGUCUCGUACACAGACGGUGGCCGCUUCGUCAAUUUCGCGACCGACAUCGCCACUGCCAACAGGGUGCUCGGCGCGAGCUUCGCCUACUACGACGUCCAGGGCGCCGUGAAGCUGCGCACCAAGGAGUACUCGGUCCCUGACCCCAUGACGGAGCACGUCGAGCUCGUCACGCCCACGACCUACUUUGGAAGCACCAAGGGAGACCCAGCCUUCACCAACGCCGAGCUGCCGCCGAUGUUCGCACCUCUCGCCGGCAGACAAGCCCCUCCCGGGCCCGGCGCCACGGUCAACUGCUCCAAGGUAUUCUCGCCGCCGUGCUUCGAGCUGGCUUACAACUACGGCGCCUACCAGGCCGACCCCGCCGCGGGGAGCCGUGUCGGCUUCGCCAGUUUCCUCAACCAGUCUGCGCGCCAGGACGACCUCACACCCUUCCUCACCAGGUUCAAUCUGCCGGAGCAGAAGUUCACCAGCGUCCUCGUCAACGGCGGACAGGACCACCAGGACCCUGCGGGCGAAGUGACUGAGGCGAACCUCGACUCCCAGGUUAUGGCGGCCACGGUCAAGACCCUCCCGAUCACGCAGUACCUCACCGGCGGCAAGGGGCCCCUGAUUCCCAACCUGCGCACGCCGACGCAGGCGGAAAACCAGAACGAGCCGUUCCUCGAGUUUUACCAAUUUAUGAUGACGCAAGAGAACGCCCAGAUCCCGCAGGUGAUCUCCAUAUCGUACGGCGACGACGAGCAGACCGUCCCCAUCGAGUAUGCCACGCGCGUGUGCAACCUCAUCGGCAUGAUGGGCCUGCGCGGCGUCAGCGUUCUCGGAUCCAGCGGCGACACAGGUGUCGGCGCACCAUGCCGCGCCAACGACGGAAGCAACGCUCUCCAGUUCACGCCUCAGUUCCCCUCCACGUGCCCGUACAUCACCUCCGUGGGCGGGACGCAGGCCUUCGGCCCUGAGACCACCUGGAUCGCGUCAGGCAGUGGCUUCAGCAACUACUUCAAGCAGGCAUGGUACCAGGAGGCGGCCGUGAACCAGUAUCUGCAGACCGGAAUUUCGCCUGAGACGAAGGCGUAUUAUCAGCCGUUCGCCAACUUUAGCGGACGAGGCUUCCCGGAUAUCGCGGCACACUCUGCCGGCCCUGCGUUCCCCAUCGUCGUCGCCAACAAGCUCAUUGGUACUGGAGGCACUUCGGCUUCCGCUCCAUUGGUUGCUGGCUUGGUUGGGCUUCUCAACGAUGCCAGAAUCAGAACCGGGCAGCCGACCAUGGGCUUUUUGAACCCCUGGCUUUACAAGAGAGGCCUCAAGGGACUGACGGACGUCAGCACUGGUGUCGCCAAGGGAUGCGGCGGUAUCGAUUUGCAGUCGAAAAAGCCUUUGCAAGGUGCUGGCGUCAUUCCCUUCGCGUCAUGGAACGGCACUCAAGGAUGGGAUCCUGUGACGGGGUUGGGUCUUCCUAACUUUGAGGAAAUGAAGAAAAUUGCUCUGACGAAGUAG